AUGCCUUCAGAAACGGAUAUGCCACCUGAAGACAAGGCUGCAGCACGACGUCAGCGUCAAUUGGCACUAGAGAGAAAUCCACACCUGGCUGCAUCUUACCUUGAUGAACGUGUUCAAGUCUUCAUGAAACAUGUCAUGGGGAAGAUACUUGAUAUCGGGGAUUUCUGGUAUUGCUAUGAGUGGCAGGAGCGAGGAAGCGGCCAUGUACAUGGAUUUCUGUGGCUCAAUGAUGCCCCAAGACCCAAGGACAUAGACUGGGAACUGCUCAAGAAGCAAAACACACCCAUUUCCAGAGACCAGGAGCAGAAGAUGACCGCUUUCAAGAAUUACUGGGAUCGCAUUGUCUCAGCCUUCAAUCCUGUGCCAAGAGACGAUCCGAACGCACCACAUCUGGGUCAGAAUCCCUGCAGUCGAUCCACAUCCAACAUCGAGAACACGAAGCAGGAGUUGGCGGACUUGUUGAAUUGGGUUCAGCAACACAGCAAAUGUGUUGCUGGCUAUUGCCAAGUUAAGCGCAAAGUACCCGGUCAACAGGAGCCACAAACCUUCUGCUGUUUUGACUACCCUAUGCCCUGCCAUCCAGACUUCUCGACUAUUGGGCUGGACAGCAAGAACCGGCUUCGGUUUGAACCUAGGCAAAAUGAUCCACUUCUGAACAACUACAAUCGGGCAAUGCUCUUGGCCUGGAGAGCAAACAUCAACAUCAAACCUGUGCUCAGUAAAGAGGCCACAAUCAAUUACAUCGCGAAGUAUGCUAGCAAAUCCGAGCAGCAAGCGCCUGCUUUCCCGGAAAUGCUCGAUACCAUUGUAAAGCAAAUGGACGGUGCAGGAAGCGCUCAGAUUGCAUGUCAGAAGCUGCUGAACAAGAUGCUUGCCACGUUCCAGACACUGUAUCUUGGCGAAGACGGUGGGAUGCAAGAGAUUAUACAGUCUGCCAAUGAAAUGGCAGAGAAUCUUGACAACGACAAAGACUUGGAUGGGGAACGACGCGUAACAGAUGAUUCCUGGCUGCAAAGAUACAUGUCUUGUCCGGAUUCUAUGGGAGCCCUGUCCCUAUACGAGGUCUUUUCCGGUUACUCGUGGCGAAGGAACCAGUGGCAAAAACGUCGAAAGCCGAAUGUCGUAGUCAGAGCAUUCCCUCGCUAUUCACCCAAUCCAGAAAGCGAUGUGUAUCCUCAGUACUGCUGCACAAAGGUCCUUCUUCAUCAUCCCUUCCAACACUUGGACAAACUCCAGAAGCGCGCAGAGGCUGAGCCAAGUGACAACAAGAAUCCAGCCAAGUAUUCCUGGCCCAAAUUGGGGGCGCAGUGCCGGGCUGCUGCACAUGUCCAUCCAACGGACUCGUUACGUUCUUGGGAGGAAGAGAAUCAGGACCAAGAAGACGACGAGGACAAGGAUGAAGAGGUAAACGCCGAUGUCGAGAUGCUGACCAAAGAUGAUUGGCAAAUCUUUGCACGUGACCAUCCACUCGCUGCACUUCCUCGAUUUGAAGCUUCGGAUCUAGGAACACGUCCUCUGGAUGCCGCCUGGAAUCCAGACGAGUCCCGUACACGCUGGAAUGACAUUGAACAAAUGGCAUCAUAUUUGGAUGUGCAACGACGUGAAUCGGGUCCGCAGGCCGAGAGUGUGAUCGGUGACAUUGAUAUCCUUGGCGCCUACUCUCGCAUUCUUAUGGGACACCAAACGCAACAGAUUCUUCUCAAUAUCGAUAGGACAGCCGGUUGCAGGAAGACUUACCUCAUUCACGCAAUCUGUCAACAGCUGCGUCUCGCGGCAGCUCAGAACAACCAACUGGACCCGAUCUUCCAUCAACAAGCAGACUGCAUAUUCGGAGGCAUCAGUAUUGCCUUGGUUGGGGAUUUUGCUCAGUUGCCACCAGUUGGAGAUCGACCUCUUUAUGCCCCGCCUUCAAGAGAUCUCACGGACGGUGGCUCUCUCAGCCGCGACGGAAGCAUCUUAUACCGCAGCUUUUCGGAAAGUCACGCCCUUUGCGUUGUUCACCGGCAAGAAGGGGACUCCCCGGAGCAGGAAGCUUUCCGCGCUCUUCUCCGACAUGCUUCUCAAGGCAGUCUGAGUGUUCUCGAAUGGGAAACUCUUCUCACUUGCCGCUUCUCUGUUCUUUGUCCAGAUGAGAGGGCAACCUUCUCGGAGGCUCUCUGCCUUUUCACAACUCGUGAAGAUGUCCACACCCUCAAUCUGGACCAGCUCCAGGCAUUGAACGAGCCCUGUGCGCGCAUGAAGGCGCGGCACAAUGGCGGGCCUGCUGCGGCAAAAGUCACUGCAGACAAUGCAGGAGGGCUGGAGCCCUAUCUCACUCUUUCCCGCCGAAGUCAAGUCAUAAUCAACCGAAAUCUAUGGCAACAGCACGGUCUGGUCAAUGCAACGGUUGGAACGGUGGAAGAUGUGAUUUGGGCGCAAGGAGCCUCGACCUCUGAUUUACCGGAGGUGGUUCUCGUCUCUUGCAAGGACUACACAGGCCCGACGCUAUGGCGAACCGAGCCACAGCUUCCAGACUUUCCCGGGGGUGUUCCAAUUGUGCCGAUCCCUACCGUUAAGAGCACCUUCAAUGUGGGCGACAAGCAGAUGUCCCGUGUUCAAGUUCCUCUCAGACUGGCAUGGGCAGUGACGAUCCACAAAUCCCAAGGUCUGACCAUUCCGAAGAUAAAGCUCGGGUUGGGGAAGAAAGGGUUUGCCAUGGGAUUGACUUUCGUUGGGUUGUCGAGGGUGAAAGCAUUGGCAGACAUUGCUAUAUUGGGGCAAUUGGACUAUUCUCGAGUUCAUAAUCUCGGUGGAAAGAAUAUGCAGUACAGGACUCUGAGAUCGGGCCUCGAGGUUGCCCUUACAGUUGUGGUCAACUACUUCAAAUUGUAUGAGAUAUGGAAGGCCACACUGGAGGAGCCCAGUGGCCAGGCCAGUGCCGGGCCAGCCAGUGGAGGCAUCAGAGGCGAGGACCAAUGCCCGACUGGGAAGAGGGGUGGUGCGGAUGAGCGCAAGGCAUCUGGUACGAGCCUGUACGGCAGUAGACCACAUCCGCGGGGAGAAGGCCGAAGUAGAGGGGGAGGAACCGCUUGCGGGGAUUCGAGGGAGAUGGCCAGGGGAAGGAGGAAGAGGGCGGAUGUCGGCAUGGAUGGAGAUGAGGAUCGGAGGAGGAGGAGGAGGCUGGGUGAUCAACAGGUUUAUAUUUCCAAAGCCAAACUCAAGUAUAUCAAAUGA